UCCCACACUGUGGCCCUGUGUGCAGGAACUGAGCUCAUCAAACUCAACUCUGUCUUUUAACACCAGCGGUGUGAACAGGGAAGGACUGACCACUGAUCCGCACAGCCCUGCGCAAGACACGCUGCCAUGACCGCAUUCCACGCCUGGCCCCUCUCUCUUCUCCUCAUGCUGCUGAUAAACUCAACCAAUCAGCUUGAGGACAACAAGAUUCCCAGCCUCUGCACUGGACAUCCCGGUAUCCCAGGAUCUCCCGGGCCACAUGGCAGUCCUGGUCAGCCCGGCAGAGAUGGGAGAGAUGGGCGAGAUGCUGCUCCUGGACAGAAGGGUGAAAAAGGCGAGAGAGGAGAGCCAGGUGUAUCAGGAGCGAGGGGUGAGCCUGGGGAUCAGGGGGACCCAGGUGAGAAGGGGGACAGGGGACAGCAGGGGGAGUGUGCCGUCGCCCCUAAAUCGGCCUUCAGUGCCAAGCUGUCUGAGGGACACAGCAUGCCGCUGCCUGCGGAGGAGGCGGUGCGCUUCGAUCAGGUGCUGCUCAACGAGCAGGGGGACUACGAUGCCGGCAGCGGCCGCUUCACCUGCAGAGUCCCGGGGGUCUACUACUUUGUGGUUCACGCCACUGUGUACCGUUCCAGCCUGCAGUUCGACCUGGUGAAGAACGGCCACACCACCGCGUCUUACUUCCAGUUUUACGGGAACUGGCCCAAGCCAGCCUCGCUGUCAGGUGGAACGCUGUUGCACCUGGUACCUGGGGAUAAGGUGUGGGUGCACAUGGCCCUGGGAGAGUACAGCGGGCUCUAUUCCAGCCCCAAGACAGACAGCACCUUCACCGGCUUCCUGGUGUACUCUGACUGGAAGAAUUCAGCCGUCUUCGCUUAA